GCCCGACGCCUGCGCUGAAGCGCCUGUCAAAUGGCAGGAGAGAGAUCCGCUCGCGCGGCCGUUCGUACAUAAAUGCAUAGGAAACUCCUCUUUGCUCAACAUACGCACACUGCCAUCUAAUCGCGAUGGUCUCAUGGAUUAUCUCUAGACUUGUUGUGCUUAUUUUUGGCACGCUGUACCCGGCCUAUUCCUCAUACAAAGCCGUCAAGUCGAAAGACGUGAAGGAGUAUGUAAAAUGGAUGAUGUACUGGAUCAUAUUUGCUCUUUUCACCACAGCAGAAACAAUCACAGACAUUUUUCUUUGCUGGCUUCCAUUUUACUACGAGCUGAAGAUCGCCUUUGUGGUGUGGCUACUAUCCCCGUACACUAAAGGCUCCAGUGUGCUCUACAGGAAGUUCGUUCACCCGACCCUGUCCUCCAAGGAAAAGGAUAUCGACGACUAUCUCUGCCAAGCGAAGGACAAGAGCUACGAUGCCCUGGUGCAUUUUGGGAGAAAGGGGCUCAACGUCGCUGCCACGGCUGCAGUGACGGCCGCCGCCAAGGUUUCCCACCUGUGUGAUGUAAGCAUUUACAGGGAACUCACACACUGGCAGGGCCAGGGGGCGCUGUCUGAGCGGCUGAGGAGCUUCAGCAUGCAGGACCUGUCUGUCAUCCAGAGAGAUGCCUCUCCACCCGGCGUCAGUCCGGGGGCGACCCGGUCCGCCACGGGCCACCCCAGGGCCAGGAUGACUGCCCGUAGCAACUCGGAGGCAGCCACCUCUAAAAGGUGUACGCACUGCAGCCACUGUAACAUCCAGGCUGGACACCCGGGGGGGGACUUUGACUUGGCUGAGUAUGAGCUCCUGAGCCCCGAGCCACGUGACACACCCCAGGCGCAAUUCUUUGCGUGCCCCACGCCCCCUGUCACCGACCAGGUGCCCAGCCCCCCCCGGGAGCAGGAGGACGAGGACAGCUCGGUGGGGAUUGCGGCGGUCAGGCUGGCAAAGAGGAGGGCACCUGAGCCUCCUCCUAGAGUCCUGAGGCCCCGCCCCAGGUCUAAGAGUACCUCGUCUCCAGACAGCGACGCCAUGUGACAGUAGGAGCCACCGGACGCUGGCAAAAGAAAAAAAAAAAACACUCCCAGAUCGCUUAGCUGCCUUAACUGAAGUCUGAAGAAAAAGGAGGAUUGCAGAAGACCGCGGCCGCAUCUGAUCAGGAAUGAGCCAAAGUAACGACGCGUGGUUUACACGAUACUCAGUUAUCUGGAGAGUGAUCGUCUCAGCGGGCCUCCCAUAACUCACCUCCUAUUCACUUUGAGUGUGCCACCAUUUUGCUUCUCUCUCUGUGUCCGGCCUCUCUCUUAAAACACAUUACGUAACAGUACAUUUUUGUGGCAAAGCCUUAUGUCAUACACUUUCAUUUACUUUGGCUGCAAGCAAUGUGGGAAUGACCAUAACACAUACAAAUAAGUGGCUUGUCACAUCAUUAACAGUGACGUUUCUGUGCUAAAUGGUGAGGAAUCCAAUAUAAGCUUAUAUCUUGCAUUUUGAAAGUGUUACAAGAGCCGCUGUACCAGGGUUGUUGGCUGUGGAAUUUAAGAACAGAAAAUGGUUUGCAAAAAAUUAUACGGUAUGGUAUAAUACGUUCGGUCUUUUUUCUGUUAUUAUCCAAAAAUUACAGUAUAACAUUUAGGGGAAAACCGAUCUAGCUAAUACCAGAGAAGUCAGACUGAAUAUAAUACAAUAUAAUAUGAAGUAUGAGAAUAAAGAUGUUUAAAAAUAUAUAAGGACUAAUUAACUACAGUACAAGAAGAUUUAAAUGCUUGCGAUGGGUUGGCACCACAUCCUGGGUUGUUCCCUGCCUUGUUCCCAUUGUGUCCAGGAUAGGCUCUAAGCCCCAUGACCCUGCAUAGGACAAGCAGGUAUAGAAAAUGGGUGGAUGCAGAAUUAAAGGCAGGAAGUAUAUUUUAUGGCUAAAGUGUGUGUGAUAACUGUACUGAUGCCUAUGGACCUUCUGAACAGUUAAACUUCACAGUGAUCCAAUAUGUUCCACCUCGACAAAUCACAUUUGAACUUGAAGGGUCUGUGUUUAAGACUUUAAGCCUAUUGUGUGAGAAAUUGCUUUAUUUACAGCUAGUGAAUGUAAUGAAAAUGUAGAAAUUUAGUGAUGUCGAAGACUAGCUCACUGGCAAAAUAUCUGGCACUUAGCACUCUAUAUCUGAAGAUCUGUCUAUGCAUCAUUGAACAUAGCAGAAAAUAUUUCUUAGCUCAGAGACACGUAUAUGUGAUUCUGAUCCAAAGCCGCUAUGCCCUGCUUUCAGAAAGAUGCAUGCUUGUGAACACUAAGAUUAAUAAGGCUAUAUCCUCCUUGGGCCUUAGCUGGGUUUGAGCAGCAGAGAGAGGAAAACAUCCAAAGGGCAAACUGACGCCAUGAUAUGAGUAAUGUACAUUCAUAGUUUAACAGUGUGUAAUGCUACAUCAUUUAAAAGAACUUGGCAUAACCAAAGUGAAGUAAAAUCAGGCACAGAAUGCAGCAGCUUCUGUCCUGGCUGAACAGAAGCAUCAGGACUUUCACUGGAAUAUGACAACACUGAGGUUAUCUGAGGAUUUAGCAGAGCGAGGAACCUGCUUUUAGCUGAUUUGCUGCACGUACUGUCAGCCUAGUUGAGCAUUAGAAUCUUUCCGGUCGUCUAUUCUAAACUCACCUUCUGUGGGAGGUGUCAUUUUUCUCUUUUAAAAAUGUUUUCAGACAGAGAUAAAUGGCUGUGACUUAUUUUUACGAGUAGAUUACACUGGAAGGAUUAAAAGCCGUCAAAAAUUGUCUGCACGGGAACACGCUAACGCUUUUCCUCAUUUCAGACAGAUUCAUUUGGGCUUUCACAUUCAACAUGACACUUCAGCUGACCUACCUAAGUGCUAAAACAGUAUUGGAUUGACUCAAAAAUGUACAUAAACACUGGUUUGUUAAAUGCAUGCGUGAUUAUUAACAAGAGCAAAAUUACAGUUUUCUGCCAUUGAGAAACAAAGUAAGACGAGUAGGAGUAUUGUGAGCAGCACUGAAACCCGCAAGAGCAAUGAAACCAGCACAUGACUGUCCUGGAAUUCAUCAAUAGAUAAUUUGCUGAAACUAAUGCAGUUCCAGCACUAUGGAGGUCAGCUUUAAACUUUUCGGAGACUUUUACUGGCAGAUAGAAUAUUGGCAUAUGAGAUGGACCGAGGACCAGAAGGUCCAAUGUCGUGGUCUUUCUUUAACCGCCAAAUUGAAUUUAGUGCUAGUUUGUUAACUAAACGAUCAUUCAUUUGUAGGUGUUCAUCAACACUUCAAGUUUUCUGUACAUUUCUGUAUUUAGCACCCAGGGUGAUUCUAGUUUUUGCCAUAAACAGUGGUGUAGAUCUAUGGCAGCAUAGCAUAUGUGUGUCUUAUGGCAUGGAGAUUAACACUUUAAUAUGAAGGAGCCAGUAAUAUGCUGUGUUGCACUAAAUGUAAAUAAUUUGUGGUAGGCUGAGCAUGAGCACAUCUUCACUGAGCACCAGAGACUUUGAGAUAAGGCCACGUCUUGCCUGCAGUUUGGAAUUGGCUCAUACUGAACCAAACGACAAUGCUCAAGUCAAAUCCCAAGGAUGUCCUAUACAAGAAAGUGAUACAUUAUGGAAUCGAUGGGUAUGAAUAUUAAAUCAUACUGUGACACAACUAAAAACCUUUGCUAUGGUAAUUAAUAAAUAAAGGGGACUGAGAAGGUAGUGCUCAAAUGUUAAUAAUCCAAACUAGCUGAUUACAUGAUAAAUAAUAAUUGAAAUAAGGAUGGAUCACUUCCUUAAGACAGACAAACACAUAUUGAGAGACAUAGAGUUUUUACCUGAGUGUACUUCAGAUAAACAUCUUUCUAGGUCAGUAUGUGUUUAUUUUAAUCAAACUAUUAAAUUGCUGACUUGUAGCACUGUUACUGAUUGUUCUUUUAAAUGAGUUGAAGUAUUACUUAAUGAAUAAUGCUGUGUUGUAGGUGUGACUGUGUUUUGUGAUACGGUCAACCGGGAAACACACACAAGGCUGAUCAAUAAUUGUGAGGAGUGUAACGAAGUAAGUGAGUCACGUCUCCGUGGUGCACUCCGUCCAGCUGAGACACAGUGAAAGAAGGCUCACCGUUUUCCUGUGUAUAUAUUACAAUUAUUUGUAAAGUUUGUGGUUCGUAGCAUAAAAAGCAUGCAUUUUUUUUAGCAGUACCAUCGUAUGUGGACUAUAUUUGAUGGAAAAAAGGACUCUGUAUGUCUGACAGCUUUCUGUGAAAAUCUGUCUUAAGGUUUGUUUUUGUGGAUCUUCCCAUGUUUCUCAUUUCCCUCUGGCUCCAGGUUAUCUUCAGUUUUGAAACAUUUGUCAUAUUUUGUCUGGCUGGCCAGAAAUUUUGUAUUGAAACCCAUUAAUGUCCCCCUUCCCCCUCUGUUGUCAAUCCCCCGUAUCUUAGCACUGUAGCAUAGGAAGGAUAGAGACUGUGAGAGUUAUGGAAUGGAUUUCACAAAGUGCUUAAACUGUGUUAUGAAUAUUCCCAUUUAAAACCUGUUUGUCAGCCACAACCAUUAAAAGGAAAGAUGAACUUG